AUGAAUUUCGACGAUAGUGCGAGUAGUGGCUAUGCCACGGCGGAAACAAUAUAUGGAACACACGAAGAUAGUCAUGUAGUGAUGUCAGAAAAGGUUCAAUCCCUAGCAGGAAGUAUCUAUCAGGAGUUCGAAAAAAUGAUCGCUCGAUAUGACGAAGACGUCGUUAAAACUUUGAUGCCUUUGCUUGUAAACGUUCUGGAGUGCCUGGAUUCCGCCUAUCAAACCAACCAGGAGCAUGAAGUAGAAUUGGAGCUGCUGCGGGAAGACAACGAGCAACUGGUAACACAGUACGAGCGCGAAAAAUCUGCAAGGAAGCAUUCGGAGCAAAAGCUCUUGGAAGCUGAAGAUCAUUAUGAAGGUGAGAGAAAAGAUCUGACAGGACGGCUGGAGGCUCUGGACAGCAUUGUCCGCAUGUUAGAACUCAAGCACAAGAACUCCUUAGAUCAUGCCAGUAGACUUGAAGAACGUGAAAAUGAACUCAAAAAGGAAUAUGCCAAGUUGCACGAGCGCUACACGGAGCUGUUCAAGACGCACAUGGACUACAUGGAGCGCACCAAGCUGCUGCUGAGCACGGCGGGUGAGCGAGAGGGCCGACCGCGCCUCGGCCUGCACCCCGCGCGCUCCAGCGGGCCGAUCUCGUUCGGGUUCGCGUCGCUGGAGGGCGCGGUGCACGACGCGGAGCAGACCGAGAGCAUCCCCGGCAGCCCCGUCAGCCUGUCCUCCUCGCCGCCCUCGCCGCCGAUCGGCUCGGAGCUGGCGGCGGUGCGCACCGUGGAGCGCGCGCAUCAGACCGACGCCAUCGCGCAGCAUAACCAGGAGAGGACUUGG